AUGGCGUUUUAUGUAUUCCUUGUGUUUCUUAUUCGCGCUGCAAACGGAGAUACCCAGAACGGAAGUUGUAAAGACAUGUUACAGGGUUAUCUAACCGGACAACUGUCGUCUGCUCUAGGAGUAUAUCAGAUGAUGGCGUUUUAUGUAUUCCUUGUGUUUCUUAUUCGCGCUGCAAACGGAGAUACCCAGAACGGAAGUUGUAAAGACAUGUUACAGGGUUAUCUAACCGGACAACUGUCGUCUGCUCUAGGAGUAUAUCAGGUAGAAGCUUUAAGGCGGGAAUUCAAAAGCUUCACUGGCGUCAUUGAGGAAUCGAUUAAAAAGUUCAAGGAGGCAGUGAAUGCUACCAUGCAGGGGGAAGGUAUCAGCAACAGAAAAAUUGUAUAUACACGAUGGGGAAAGAAGACGUGUCCAUCCAACACAAAAUUAGUUUAUUCUGGCUAUACAGGAGGGUCUCAUUAUAGUCAUAAUGGAGCAGCUGUAGAACCCCUUUGUUUGCCAAGGGAUCCAGAGUGGGGGAUCUAUAGGGAUGGAAAUGAAGGAAGUAAGGCUUACGUAUACGGAGCAGAGUAUGAAACAAACACUUUCACGGGUCACGUUACUUCACUUCAUGAUCAUGACGUGCCCUGUGCUGUUUGCCUGGUUCCAAAUAGAUCCGUUGUGAAAGUAUUUCCAGCAAGAAAAACCUGCUACAAAGGAUGGAACCUAGAGUACCAGGGCUACCUAAUGGCUGGAUAUCAUAAUAAUCCUGCUG